AUGCUUGGCAACUUUUUGACGCCGCGGGGACCCGGGGUGGGGGGCAAGCCAGAGACCCCAGCAGUAUUCCUCGAGAGCUGGGAUUUCGCUGCCCGGCGCGCGCGGCCUGAUGCCCGGACAGCCCUCGGCGUGGAAGGGGGAGGCGGCAGCGACGCGCCCACAGCCAGCCAGGCAGGAGCAGCGGAGAUGGACGUGCGCGGGAAGGAUGACAUUCUUCUUCUGGCCGAUGAAGAAUUUGACUUCGAUCUUUCACUGUCGUCUUCAAGUGCAAAUGAAGAUGACGAAGUCUUUUUUGGACCCAUCGGACAUAAAGAAAGAUGUAUUGCUGCGAGCUUAGAAUUAAAUAGUCAGAUUCCCAAAGAACCUCUUGUGCCAGCAUCAGAAAGUCACUUCUCUUGGAGUCCUCUUACCGGGGAAAAAUUUGUGGAAGUUUAUAAAGAAGCUCACUUGUUGGCCUUACAGAUAGAAAGCAACAGCAAAAGCGAGGCGGCGCCAGCCACCAGGCCCGACACCCCUUGGAGCCAGGGUGUGGAAAGGUUCAUACAGGAGUCAAAAUUAAAGAUAAGCCUCUUUGAAAAAGAAAAUGCGAUGCGGAAAAGCCCCGUGUCCCUGAAAAGGGAGACAUACUCCCUGUCCGACAGCCCCCUGAGUGGCCCGCGGCGCCCUGGAGCCCAGCCCGCCUCGGGCGCGGAUCUGCGGAGCGCUCCUGCCCGGGCCAGGCCCACCCCGACCCCGCGGCCACCGCACUCUGCUCGCUGUCCUUUGCCGGUGGAACCAGGCACUGCUUACCCUGCGAAACAGGCGGUGGCACAGAAGAGGGUCACCAGCAAACUGCUGCCACCCCGAGCGUCAUCUGUGAGAGGAAAAGCCACUCUCUUGGCCAUGGAGAAGCCUAUGAAAGAGGUAUCAGCUGGUCCUUCCAGAAUGAAAACUCUGAAUGAAAAGGAGUCCCACAGGGACAGGCCCCCUGACAGGCCCAGUGCUGCCCAGGAUGUCGCCAGCUUGCCAGCCAGCGGAAGCCACUUGGUCCAAGGCAAGCGAUCACUCCCUGUUCCAAACAAGCUGGGGCUGAAGAAAACUCUGUUAAAACCACCUGGUUGUGCUGGCAGUAUUCCAAGAAAGCCGACCUCCUCGCACUCCGUCCCGGCUGUGGCUCCCGGUGUGCGCGCCUCUCCAGCAGCAGCUAAAUCAAGUGAACUUGCAAACCCUCCUGCGGACAGGUCGCAGCCUCGGUCCAACACCAGCCAGUCAGGCAGGACGGGAUACGCCAGGCCAGGGCAGUGUGUGCAAGCAGGCUCUGCGGGUGCAUCCUGCAGGCCGAGCAAGUGGGCUGGGCUUGCUGAGCUGACCCCGGGGCAGGCCCAGAGGCCCACCACAGCACCUCUCAUCCAGCCCCCGAGUCCAGAGAAGGGAGCCAGGAGGCUGAGCUCGCAUUCCCGUGUGUCACACUCUUCCCAGCCUGAAGCAGCGGGGAGAAUGAGAAGAGAGUCUUACCUAAACGCCAAGACAAUGGCUGUGCCCACCCCCACAAGUCAAUUUAAAAUUCCUAAGUCUUCCACUGAUUCCAGCCUCACCCGCCUCUCAGAGCCUGAUUGUUGUCUCUUCAGAGCAGCGAGACUGCAGAACGACCUCGGGCUCUCCCCGCCUGCUGGCCUGGUGUCUGGCAGCUGGGAGGCGGAGUUUGCACCCACGGCCGUGCUACCUCUGGCCGUGCGUCUUCGUGCGGCCUUUGCCCCGCUGUGGCAGGCGUUCCUGCCCUCCAGCUGCAUGGAGCUGCCGGACUCACACCGGGGCCGUUGCCGGUCUGCCUCCAUCCUCUGCUGCCUAGCGGUGGCCCUGCGGCUCUCUGUCGAAAGUGAGUUCCUCAAGAUUAGAUGGCUGCCGCUGACGGAGCGGGCAGCAAGAGGCAGGACUCUGUCCUGUGUGAUGUGCCCCAGAGGACAGCCGCAGCCCAACAAGCUGGCAUUACAGAUGUCUUCUCAUGAGACCCCUCCUUCCUCCUGCAGGACUGCACCGGUGAGGGAGGCCAGCAGCAAGGCCGCUUCCGGGCGCUCAGGCUUGUCCCCUGAUGCAAGUUUUUCUCCAUCUUCUGUGCCACAGGCACUUAACUUUUCCCCAGAGAAGAGGGAUUUUUCCUUUUCAAAAGCUGCACUGGAUGGAGCACAGCCACCUGAAGAUUCAUCCCCUGCUGAGGCUAUUCUCGUGGAUGUUAAACCGGACCAGCCUGCCAUCGCUUCAGAAGCCGGCAGCACACCCCUCCCCGACCUGCCUCUCAUUGACUUUUGUGAUACCCCAGAAGCAAAUGUGGCUUUGGCGUCUGAAAGCAGACCUCUGAUCGACCUCCUGAUAAACACUCCAGACCUGAGCAGAGAGGCCCCGUCUAAGCCUCUCCCUGACGUGGGGCAGCUGAUAGACUUGGCUUCUCCUCUGAUCCAGCCGAGACCUGAGGCCGACAAGGAAAACGUGGAUUCGCCACUUCUCAAGUUCUGAGUAGAAUGAUCCUUUGUGUUUUACUCUUUGUUAAAAGAAUCAUCAGUCCUAAAGUGGUUUUCAGCCCUUAGAAAUAAAUUCUAAGAGGAACUGUACUGAAGAAAUUAAAGAAAAACAACCCAAAGUGAAGUUGCUGGGCCUGGAGAUGGCCGCAGGACAGUGGGUUUCUGCUGCCCCCAGCGGCUUCCCUCCGCGCUGCCCCGCACACUGCUCUGGGGUACGGCGCUGGCUGGAGUCGCUCCACAGGAGGAUUUUGUUUUGAAUCUUGUGUGUGUAAAAUAGCAAGGGACUUUUAAAAAUUAAGUGUGUAUGAAAAGUUAAAUACUCUAGAUUUAAACUGUAAAAUAAAUGAAAAUGUAUUAAAGCAUU